AUGCCAGAGUUGCGAAGCGGAGCACGGAGAUCAAAACGGAUUAGUGAUCUUCAGCCUGCCCCUCAACACCCUGAUAACGAAGAAACUUUCGUGGCACCCACUCAGAAUAGAACCAGAAGGAGAGGAAGAGGGAGAGGCAAUGCAGUGGCUGUAGGAAAAGGGCCUUCAGCAGUGACACCCUCAAGGCCAACGGCUGUUGGAAGGGGCAGGGGCACUAGGUUUAUAGAUAUAGAUCCGGAGCCUCAUCGUGAGGUUCUUCCUCAAGCUGUUGCCCUUGGGGCUGGGGAACGAGUUUUUAAUAGAAUAGAGGGAAUUGCAAAUAAGGAAAUUGCCAUGAAAGGUGGGAGUGCGGACAAAAUAAUGGGAGCCGAAGAAGAAGCAAGUACAACUCCUGUACCUGAAAGGGUACAAGUGGGUAGUUCUCCCGUGUACAAGACAGAAAGGAAGUUAGGCAAGGGUGGUUUUGGUCAAGUUUAUGUUGGUCGAAGGGUUAAUGGUGGCACCGAAAGAGCAGGAGCAGAUGCGGUUGAGGUUGCAUUGAAGUUUGAGCACCGAAAUAGUAAGGGUUGCAAUUAUGGCCCUCCAUAUGAGUGGCAGGUGUACAAUAACCUGAACGGAUGUUAUGGGAUCCCAUGGGUUCACUACAAGGGUCGUCAAGGAGAUUUUUACAUCCUGGUCAUGGACAUCCUUGGACCCAGUCUUUGGGAUGUUUGGAAUUCUUUAGGCCAGUCGAUGACUCCCAAUAUGGUGGCUUGUAUUGCCGUGGAGGCUAUAUCAAUUCUUGAAAAGCUUCACAUGAAGGGGUUUGUGCAUGGAGAUGUGAAGCCAGAGAAUUUUCUACUUGGUCAACCUGGAACUGCCGAUGAGAAAAAGCUAUAUCUCAUUGAUCUUGGUUUGGCAUCCAGGUGGAAAGAUGCAUCUUCUGCGCAGCAUGUUGAAUAUGAUCAGAGGCCUGAUAUAUUUAGGGGCACAAUAAGGUAUGCAAGUGUGCAUGCACAUUUGGGUCGCACUGGGAGUAGGAGGGAUGAUCUUGAGUCACUGGCAUACACAUUGAUAUUUCUCAUUAAGGGAAGGUUACCAUGGCAAGGGUUUCAGGGUGACAACAAGAGUUUUUUAGUUUCUAAAAAGAAAAUGGCUACUUCUCCAGAGUUGAUGUGCUGCUUUUGCCCUGCUCCUUUCAAACGGUUCCUUGAGGCUGUUACAAAUAUGAACUUUGACGAGGAACCAAAUUAUUCUAAGUUGGUAGCAUUAUUUGAGAGUCUUAUCGAACCAUGCACAUCAGUAAGACCAAUAAGAAUUGAUGGAGCUCUAAAGGUUGGCCAGAAGCGUGGAAGGUUGCCGAUUAACUUGGAAGAGGAUGAACAACCAAAGAAGAAAGUGCGACUAGGUAGUCCAGCUACCCAAUGGAUUUCAGUGUAUAAUGCACGUCGUCCUAUGAAACAAAGAUAUCACUACAAUGUUGCAGACUCAAGGCUCUUUCAGCAUGUAGAAAAGGGUACCCAAGAUGGUUUAUACAUCAGCUGUGUGGCUUCAGCAUCAAGUCUUUGGGCCUUAAUCAUGGAUGCUGGAACAGGUUUCACUUCGCAGGUGUAUGAGCUUUCAGCCGUCUUCCUUCAUAAGGAUUGGAUCAUGGAACAGUGGGAAAAAAACUAUUACAUCAGUUCAAUAGCCGGUGCAGCUAAUGGAAGUUCCUUGGUGGUUAUGUCUAAAGGAACUCCUUACACCCAGCAGUCCUAUAAAGUCAGCGAAUCCUUUCCUUUCAAGUGGAUUAAUAAAAAGUGGAAGGAAGGCUUCCAUGUCACAUCCAUGACUACAGCUGGCAGUCGCUGGGGUGUUGUAAUGUCUAGAAAUUCUGGAUAUUCUGAGCAGGUUGUAGAGCUUGAUUUUCUGUACCCAAGCGAGGGAAUACAUCGCCGCUGGGAAAGUGGUUAUAGAAUAACUUCCAUGGCUGCCACUGAUGAUCAAGCGGCCUUCAUACUGAGUACACUAAAGCGAAAACUAGUGGAUGAGACUCAGGAAACUCUUCGUACUUCUGCUUUCCCAAGUACCCAUGUAAAGGAUAAAUGGUCCAAAAAUCUCUACAUUGCAUCCAUUUGUUAUGGUCGUACAGUGUGCUGA